AUGAUUCCGGCAUAUCCGGGCUCCCCCUUCAAAGCCCAGGACUCGAUGCGCCCACCUUCGUGCACCUACUGUCUCAAGACGAAGAAGAAGUGCACCUUCGUCUGGGCCCAGGCGCAGCUCCGCGGCGGCGCCAACAAGGCCUCCCCCGGCACUGACGACUCGAGCGAGCCAGCCGGCGCCGCGCAGCAGUUCUAUGGCCCUGUGCCGGGCUACGAUGGGGCGCUCAUGUCGCGGGGGGAGGCUGACUACGGCGCCAGCUUGGGACCGGGCAUGCUCGCCAUGAAGCAGCAGCUGAGCCCGCAGCUUGACAUGUUCUCUUCGGCGCCUCUUGACAUCAAUGCUAUCCCGUACGCGAGUCCCGCGAGCAACUCGACCGACGGGGGACAGUGGAUUGCCCCGGCGGGCACAUCACUCGAUGUCGGCCAGCAGGCCUUCUGGGGCUCGCUUCCUAACCUGUCCAGUGACGAAACACAGUCGUACGGCUCUCACUCAGAGGAAGGGUUUCUCCCCGGGACGGACUGGCUGGGUCGAGACCCGUCGUUCCAAAAUGUAGACUCGGAGCUUACCUUCUACCAGGAGCGUAAUGCUAGGAGGGAUUCACCCCGUGAAAGCUGGACAAACUGGACCGCGCCUACCUCCUCGCUCUCCCUCCUCACGCCCCAGGAACACAUGAUGACCAUCUCAAACAACGCCAUGAUAUCCGAGAACCUCCUCCGCAUCUACCACGACGUGCUGGAGCACAAUCUCUCCUGCUGGCUGGCGGAGGAGACCUGCCCCUACGGCAGCACGACGCUAACACUUAUGAGAACAUCUACACACCAGGGCGGAAUGCCAAACGAACUCGGCUCAACUUGGUCAAAUAAGAUAUACGGCCGCGUGAAGCGCCUGGACCGCGUCGCUCAGAGAAACAGGCUCCUUCAACUACGGCCCACCGAGGACCAGGCCGCGUCGAAGGCGCUCGAUUUGGUCAUCAUGGCGUUUGCGAGCCAGUGGGCUCAGGGCAGCUACCGACAAUGGGAGCAGUACAAAGAUGGUCAAGGGGAAAGCCCAAACCACCCGGGAUCGGAUGGCACGCCGCCGCCUGAGGAGUUCGACCGCCAGAUUCAGAGAUCCCUAUGGGGUCAAGCGAAAGCAGCACUGGAGAAUGUAUCGGGCCUCGAAUGUUUCAGAGUAGUGUGUGCCGAGUUGAUAUUCGGUCUAUGUCAGAGACCUAUGGAUGAAACGAGCAGCUGGGACAGUGGUGACUACGGAGCCUACAACUCCGGCAGCGUCAUGGAAACACUAAUGGACAGGCUGCGAGAAGCAACCGAGAACGAAGAACCGCCUAUUUUUAUGGAGAGGGGAACUCGGAAAAUCCACGCCCUCAAGUGCAAGUUCGAUUUAUGGGAAGCCGGCUGGUUGGACAGAAACAGAGGCCGGACAGGAGGGGGCGCGGAUGCGGAGAUCAAGGAGGGAAAGCGGACGGUACAGCUGCUCUACUGGCUAUCUGUCAUGUUCGACACGAUAUCCUCCUCUACCAACGAACGACCAGUCGUGGUAGCCGAUGAAGAGUGCCAGCACGAUGCCGCCUGGGAUAUGCAAAAACUAGGAGAUGCGAUCGAUUCAUAUGGCCAGGCGACUGAAACACUGCCGCAGAAAUGGCAGGUUAAUCUCUUCAUCCAAGACGACCUCGAAAAGCCAAGCAAGAUCCCAUCCUGGCCCUGCUCGUACGACGAUGCCGCCGCGACAGUCACAAAAUCCGCCCCAGUCAAGGUUCUUCUCUUCAGGCACGUUUCCUAUCUACAGAGCGCCAUCAGACGAGGCCGACGGGGGAAAGUCAUCGAGGACAACAUAAACGCGAGUAUGAUGAUCUACAAGUAUUGGAACGUCACGUACGGCCCCUUCCAUCGAAGCCUAAUCCGAGACUACGACGCAGUUCCGCCCCGUGUGCAGAGCUGGUUCGUAUGUAUAGCAUCGCACUGGCACCUCGCCGUGCUCUUACUUGCCGAGUCGAUCAGUUUCGUCGACAAGAAACAGCUUGGGAUCGAAGAUGUGCGGCGUAAGCGGACCAACGCCAACUUCUGCCGGCAAAUGGCCAAAUCCAGCGCUAUGGAAAUUUCGGAUAUUGCCGCAGUGGCUGCUCCCAAGCAUGGGAGCAAGCCUAGCAACAAUGCCAGCCAGUGGUCGUUGCCUCCUGGCACGCAAGAUCCCUCAUUCCACUCUGUAACUCACGAGGGUGCCAUCCUGACGGAACCUUGGACCAUACUCAUCAUCAGGGCAUUCACAAAAGCGGCAGCAAUCCAUCUGGAGCGAGCCGAGGAACUAUGGCACUCGAGGUCGUCGGAUCCAUCUGGAGGGCGGGGCGAGAUCCAAGGGUUGCUGGAUCGUUGCGAACACUGCACGAGGGCGUUGUGGUUACUGGGGAAGAAGUCCGACAUGGCGAGAAAGGCUGCGGAAAUAUUGACUCGGGCUCAUUCAGAGCUGGCGGGUCAAAUCGCCAUGGGAUCGGUAAUGGUACCGGUUGAGUCAUGGGAAGGGAUAUUGAAUUGGAUUAGCACCUGA